CAAGAAAGUGCUAAAGUGCACCUCCGUAACUACACCCCCCUCAUCCUCCCCAACACACACACUAACUGUUUUAGCUUAACCUAGCCUAGCAAAUCUAAUCUACCCGUCCACUGGUCAGUUAAACAGUUUAAGGAGCGGUUUGUUGCUGCAUGCUGUCACCGCGCUUUCAUGUCUCGUUUGUUCCUGGCGCUGUCACCCUCUGUCAGCUGCACCGUCCCCCGCCACACAGACAGGUAAACACAGGCCAGCCCCAUGAAGACACCGCGACUGUCCCCUCACACAUGGAGUCCAGUUGAAUAACAAACUGGAGCCGCGUGGAGCCCGAGGCACCAUGGAUCUGUCAGCACCUGCUCCGGUGGUAGCCCUCCUCCACUGACCUCACCUCCUCGACCCCAUCUCUCCCUCCACCUUCCCUCUCUCUCAUCGACCCCUCUUCCUCCACGCCCAAUCCCUUGCUCUCCUGUGUCUGUGACCCAGGGUGACUGCUACAUCAUGGCAGGAGAGAAAGGGCCGACUAAGCGGAGUGCCAUGGACAUCAAGCGCCUGGCGAGCCUCAUCCAGAGAGGAACGGGGCGUUUGCUGGUGAUUGACAGCAGGACAUUUUCUGAGUACAAUGCAUCGCACGUGCAAGGCGCGGUCAAUGUCUGCUGCUCCAAGCUGGUGAAGAGGCGACUGCAGCAGGACAAGGUGUCUGUGACUGAGCUGCUGCAACCCAACGGCAAAGUGAAGGUGGAGCUGGGCAGGAAGCAGGAAGUGGUGGUUUAUGACCAGAGCUCCAAAGAGGCGGGGCACCUGUCCAAAGACGGCUUUGUGCACAUUCUCAUGGGGAAGUUGGAGAGCACCUUCCACAAAGUCUCGCUGCUCACCGGAGGUUUUGCUGCUUUCUCCUCCUGUUUCCCCGGCCUAUGUGAAGGGAAACCUGCCACUGCUCUACCUAUGAGCUUGUCCCAGCCCUGCCUAACUGUGGCUAACGUAGGGCCCACUCGCAUCCUGCCACACCUCUACCUGGGCUCACAGAAGGAUGUCCUCAACAAGGAUCUUAUGGCUCAGAAUGGUAUCACCUAUGUGCUGAAUGCCAGCAACACCUGCCCCAAGCCAGACUUUAUCAGCGAGGGCAACUUCAUGCGCAUCCCGGUUAACGACAACUACUGUGAGAAAUUGCUCCCCUGGCUGGACAAAACAAAUGAAUUCAUAGACAAAGCGAAGGUGUCAAACUGCAGAGUCAUUGUGCACUGCCUGGCUGGAAUCUCGCGUUCAGCAACCAUCGCCAUCGCAUACAUCAUGAAGACAAUGGGCCUGUCAUCAGAUGAUGCCUACAGGUUUGUAAAGGACCGAAGACCAUCCAUAUCUCCCAACUUCAACUUCCUGGGGCAGCUUUUGGAGUUUGAGAAGGGUCUCCGGAUACUGCAAGCUCUAUCUUCAACCUCUGAUGACAAGAUCUCCGAAAACAACGCCAAGCAAAGCUCAGAGGUCAAUGGAGGUUUCGAGAUGAAUGGCCACCACAGCAACUUCGACUCAUCCGUGGCAGACCCUCCAGAACCCAAGCUGCCAUCACCCACCUCCCUCCAGCAAGGCUUCCACGGCCUACACCUCUCCGCAGAGAGGAUCAUGGACACUAAUCGGCUCAAACGUUCCUUCUCCUUGGACAUUAAGUCGGUCUACUCCCCUAACAGUCCCCCCUGCCCGAGCCUGGCCCCCACACACUCUGAAGACGUCCCCAAGCUGUGCAAGCUGGACAGCCCCGGAAUAGGCGACUCCAACGGCGUCUGCUCGCAGUCUCCCGUCCUAGACAGCCCAAACUCUGCCGGGUCACCGUUCCCCUCACCAGGCAGCGGGGGCAGCAUUGGAGGUUUGGGGUUUAGAGGAACUGAAGGAGUCCAUAGGUCUGCUUCCUCCUCGUCCCGACCCAAGAGGAAACACAAGCAUUGCUCCGGCAGUUCCCCAGUCCGCUCCCAACCACACCAGCCUCCACAGUCCCUCAGCCUGACGCUGGACCACAAGAGCCCGGACGAGAACACAAAGGGCUCCCUGCUCCUCUCACUACCCUCUGUGCCCACUGUGGGCUCCGGGGCCAUGUGGACCAAACACAGAGACACUGUCCAAGCCACCACUCCCGUCACUCCCGUCACCCCCACCAAAGAUGCCCCCUGGCACUUUGGGGCAGUUGAGGGCGGUGCGGGAGAGAUGGAGCUGGGAGGAGGAGGAGGGGAUGGAAGGGGAGAGGAGUCGUCGGUGAGGUUUGGGAGCAGCUCGGCAUACGUGGCGUUCGGGUGCAGUGAAGGUGUGCGGUUACGAGAGAAAUCCCAGAGGGAGAAGUCACCGCAGACACUUAAAGACUCGUCGUCCUCAGUGAGCCUGUCCAACAGCGGCCCAGCGUCAGAGAAGCAGUUCAAGAGGCGCAGCUGUCAGAUGGAGUUCGAGGAGGGCAUUUCUGAGACGCGAUCCCGAGAAGAACUGGGCAAGAUCGGGAAGCAGUCGAGCUUCUCUGGGAGCAUGGAGAUCAUCGAGGUAUCCUGACAGAUAAUGGACACAAUCAGGGCUGUCCUUUGGGGGCACAAAUAGACCUGGUUCGAGGGAGUGGCAUAUGAUGGGGAGCAGAAGAAGCGUUUUUUGUGCUACCCUUAAAGACAGUGUUAAAGACUCCAACCAAGAGACGGACAAAUAGAUCCACAAGCAGAGGGUUAAAAUUAAAGGUUAGCAAGCGACCUGGAGAGACAAGACCCUGUGUUGUGGUGGAAUGCCAUCCGGAACUCUCAUACAAAUCUGAAUAAAAGUCUUGGGGAGUGUUGGGGUUACGGUGGUGACUGUAGGUACUGAAACUCUUAACUUUUCUGAUCUCUGUCACAGAUAAAAAAGAAACGACCCAGGUCAAGUGUCAUGUUGCAUCCUACCUAUAUAGAAUAUUCCUAUUGUGACAGAUUUCGGACACAAAGUGCUUGCCUGCGGUCAAUUGUAGUGUGCUUCAGUGGGUGUAUAGCUUGUGAUUUGAACCAAGUCCCAUGUUUUCCCCAAAGCUUCACCCCAGUAUCAGAAAGCCUCAGAACCUCGCACGUCUGCGUCCGCCCCGGCCUCUUCCCUGUGGUUCUGCCUGCUACAAACUCUGCAACUCCAGACAAUAAAAACAGACUCCUUAACAACACCGCCUCCUCACAUCACUACAGCACAAGGCAGAGGACGAAAGCUAAUGGUGGUACUGUGUCCAAAACAAUGAAGGAUCCUCAGCAUUUUGUUGCUGAAAAGACUUUUGAAGACUCGUAGCAACUGGCAGUCCCCCCCGUCCCCCCCCUUAAAGCACAGUGUGUCUUUCCUGACUUUGGCUCCCUUGUUUCCAGUGUUAACAGUGAUGGGACGGAAGUUUCGGGAGGUUGGCGAGGGUCUGCUUUAAUGGCCCGUCAGCUCCUUAAUAGACCCCCUCCCACUGCUCCCAGUCAACAUCUAUGGUCACCACUGAGCAUGCACCAGAAAGGCUGACUACAGACAGACAAAUACUAUAUAUACAAUAUGAAUAUAUAUAGCCAUUUUAAUGGACUUCUAAUGGACUCUUUUGUUCAGUUAUAGUUUUAAUUUAUUGUAUUGGUUCAUUCUGGUAAUGAGAAAUAAUAUAAUGUUUUGUGGAUUUAUUUCUUUUUUGUUGAAUUAUUAUUAUUAUUAUUUGCUGUAUGGUAUUUAUGAACACACACUCAAACAAAUACACACAUUCAACAAAUUCAAGCAAGCAAUAUGUGCUGUGUUCCUUCUUUGGGGAGAGUGAUGUAUGACUUUGAAGCUCACUUUUAUGCUUUCUGAUAAGGACAAGAUAGGGUUCAGUGAUCCUUCACACCCAGGAAGCAAGACACUCUGAAAAGCCAAGUCUGGAGUUUUGAUAGUAAAAAUGUAGAGCCUCUGUUUAAUAUUUGGAGGGUGAUAGGAACAUCCCACAAGAACAGGAUCUCUUUAUCACAAUUGAGGGCUCAAGCUUUGACUAAAAAUCAGUUUUGAUUGACUGUGCAGACGAAGAUAAAGUAACGACAGACACUCUGAUCCCUCAUAUACAUUAUAACAUUUUUACCAGUAUCAUAUGCUCUUGCAUAACAACAACUAUAUGCAUACAAGUGCACGCUCUUUCACAAGUUUGAGAUUCAAAGACUACCACCGAGUGUCCUCUCCUACCAACGCCCCACCAAAGCUUAAACCAACAAACACCCUAUACUGUAUGCACUUACACAUAUACUCACACAUGUAAAGCAUAUAAGCCCUACACACACCCUUCUGUUCAUUCUCAGGGGAUCUUUCAGUGAGCCCGGCACAGGGUACAAAGCUGCUGGUACAUCAGCACAAUGCAUGUCCGUGAAGCUCCCUCGCUUUCUCCCUAUCUCACUUUCUGUCUUUUUUUAGGCUCUUAUUUCUUAUUUUCCAAAGCUCUGAUAAAAACAACGUUACAAAACAGAAAGAAAAAAGCAGCUCUUCAUAUCUUGAGGUAAAAGAAAGGAAAAAGUUGCUCUCCUGGUGCGAGAUGGUUAUUUAUUUAUAAUGUAAAAUGUGACCCUUGAUUAGCUUUUCUCUCUGGUUAUCUCUGACCUUUGACCUUGAGCUGCUGCAGCUACAGUUAGUUCAGAUAGAUUCCUCUGUACCCGAGGCUCAAGAAACCUCUUCUCUCCACCCCCUCCUCCCUAUAUUUUUAAGAAAUGUUGUUAGAAUUAUUUAUGAUAUGUAACAAAGAUGAUGCAGGCUGUCCCAUUUGCUAAAAUUGUUGUAAUUGAAAUAUUAUUAUUAUUAUUAUUAUUAUUAUUAUUAUUAUUAUUAUUAUGUUGUGUAAAUAGCAACUCAUCUAAGAAAGCUGAUGAAUUUAGAUGAGUUUUUAAAAGAAAAUCCUGAUACCUUAGGCUGCUUGACGCAAAAAUACCUCAGGUUCUAUUGAAAGGCUUUUCCUUCCCCUGUACAUGUUUUGUGAAAAUGAGACAAAAAUACAGACAUGACAAAAUA